AUGUCUAUCAUAGAAACGCCAAAGAAAUCGUCUAAAGGUGUGCACAGGAUAAAAAAUGUCAUCCAAGGGUUUGCAAACGCCAAACACCUGGGGUGUGAGGAGGAGAAGAGUAAGAGACAGUCUCGACAGCCUGAGGAGAGGAGUAAGAGACAGUCUCGACAGUCUGAGGAGAGGAGUAAGAGACAGUGGCGACAGCCUGAGGAGAAGAGUAAGAGACAGUCUCGACAGUCUGAGAAGAAGAGUAAGAGACAGUCUCGACAGCCUGAGGUGAAGAGUAAGAGACAGUCUCGACAGUCUGAGGAGAAGAGUAAGAGACAGUCUCGACAGUCUGAGGAGAAGAGUAAGAGACAGUCUCGACAGUCUGAGAGGAGUAAGAGACAGUCUCGACAGCCUGAGGAGAAGAGUAAGAGACAGUCUCGACAGUCUGAGAGGAGUAAGAGACAGUCUCGACAGUCUCAGGAGAAGAGUAAGAGACAGUCUCGACAGUCUGAGAGGAGUAAGAGACAGUCUCGACAGUCUCAGGAGAAGAGUAAGAGACAGUCUCGACAGUCUGAGAGGAGUAAGAGACAGUCUCGACAGCCUGAGGAGAAGAGUAAGAGGCAGUCUCGACAGUCUGAGGAGAGGAGUAAGAGACAGUCUCGACAGUCUGAGAGGAGUAAGAGACAGUCUCGACAGUCUGAGGAGAGGAGUAAGAGACAGUCUCGACAGCCUGAGGAGAGGAGUAAGAGACAGUCUCGACAGUCUGAGGAGAAGAGUAAGAGACAGUCUCGACAGUCUGAGGAGAAGAGUAAGAGACAGUCUCGACAGCCUGAGGAGAAGAGUAAGAGACAGUCUCGACAGUCUGAGAUGAAGAGUAAGAGACAAUCUCGACAACCUGAGGAGAGGAGUAAGAGACAGUCUCGACAGUCUGAGGAGAAGAGUAAGAGACAGUCUCGACAGUCUGAGGAGAAGAGUAAGAGACAGUCUCGACAGCCUGAGGAGAAGAGUAAGAGACAGUCUCGACAGUCUGAGGAGAAGAGUAAGAGACAGUCUCGACAGUCUGAGGAGAGGAGUAAGAGACAGUCUCGACAGUCUGAGGAGAGGAGUAAGAGACAGUCUCGACAGUCUGAGGAGAAGAGUAAGAGACAGUCUCGACAGGUGCUUAAGGAGAGGAGUGAAAGGCAGUCUCGUCGGCUUGGGAGAGGAGUAAGAGACAAUCUCGACAACAUGAGGAGAAGAUCUGAGGAGAAGAGUAAGAGACAGUCUCGACAGUCUGAGAGGAGUAAGAGACAGUCUCGACAGCCUGAGGAGAAGAGUAAGAGACAGUCUCGACAGUCUGAGGAGAGGAGUAAGAGACAGUGGCGACAGCCUGAGAGGAGUAAGAGACAGUCUCGACAGUCUAAGGAGAGGAGUAAGAGACAGUGGCGACAGCCUGAGAGGAGUAAGAGACAGUCUCGACAGCCUGAGGAGAAGAGUAAGAGACAGUCUCGACAGUCUGAGGAGAAGAGUAAGAGACAGUCUCGACAGUCUGAGGAGAGGAGUAAGAGACAGUCUCGACAGUCUGAGGAGAGGAGUAAGAGACAGUCUCGACAGUCUGAGGAGAAAAGUAAGAGACAGUCUCGACAGUCUGAGGAGAAGAGUAAGAGACAGUCUCGACAGUCUGAGGAGAGGAGUAAGAGACAGUCUCGACAGUCUGAGGAGAGGAGUAAGAGACAGUCUCGACAGUCUGAGGAGAAGAGUAAGAGACAGUCUCGACAGUCUGAGGAGAGGAGUAAGAGACAGUGGCGACAGCCUGAGGAGAAAAGAGGAGGAGGAGGAGGAGGAGGAGGAGGAGGAGGACGAGGACGACGAGGACGACGAGGACGAGGAGGACGACGAGGACGAGGAGGACGAGGACGACGAGGACGAGGAGGACGAGGACGAGGACGAGGACGAGGAGGACGAGGACGAGGAGGACGAGGACGAGGACGAGGUAUAAUGGAUAAUGGGGAAAUAGUUAAAGAAAUAAGGAUAAGGAAAGUACUGCAGGAACGCUACAGUUUCAGCAAUAGAGUGAAGGAGGUGAUUGAAAUCCUGAAAAGCUAA